CAUCCUAGCUCGUAGCUGCUUAAAGCUUGCUGCUAGCUCCUCGCUGCACAAAUAAGAGACUUGGGACGGCCUAGAAGAUGGCGGACCUCGAACGACUUCCGGUUCAAGCGAGGAGCUAGCAGUAGCACUAUAAAAAUAAGAGACUUGGGACGCACUCUAUAAAAAUAAGAGACUUGGGACGCACCCCAAGUAUAUAUGUCUAUGCCUGAACCCAGCAGCUUUCCGGUCAUGGGAUAGCCUCUUUCGGAGCAUGCUGGGAAGUGUGUUUCUGGAUUGCUCGAUUCCCAUUUGUUCUCGGAGACAGUAAGUCGAGCUGAAACUCCACCUCCCAGAAUGCCGCUCCACUAUCCCCUUAUUACUUCAGUUCGACACUGAACAAGACACUCAGAUGCCAGAUUUGUUGCGUUUGUAGCACGUCAGGUUCAGUUCGGAAGGAAUGCUAAAUAAUAUUUCAUUGUAUUGACAACUCAACUGUAGCAAGCCGCUUCAUAUACAGUGGAGAAUUACAAUGGAUUCUAUCAGGAGAAUGAGGAGUGGCAGCCGUGCUAAUUAAACAGUAGCUAGUUCCUAAAUUAGCUGGCAGGAGAUGGAAGCUAAGUGAGUUCUGUAGCCUCCAUUCCUCCGCGGGAAACCCAUUCCAAUGUUAGCUAACUUAAUGUUAAUAAAUAACCCUGUUAGCAUCGGAUGAUCUGCCGCAUCCUUGUCUGUUAGCUGGUAUAUCUAACGUUACAGAGGAACUUCAGCGAUGGAGGAAGUUGACAAAAUUUUGAUUCACGCCCUCAGACAAGUCGGCACAGACGUGAGCGAGGAGACUGACAGUGUCAGACAGUUCAGCAGUGAGCUCAUAGUGGAGGCGGUGGUCAGAUGUAUCCGGGUGAUCGAUCCAGGCCUGGGCAGCGCGCUGCCCACCUCCCUGCCUCCAGGCAUGUCUGCCCGCUUCAGGGUGGGUAUGAGCCUGGCACAGGCCUGCCAGGACAUUGGUUACAAAGGAGAGAUAGGCUACCAGACCUUUCUGUACAGCAAUGAGCCAGAGAUCCGCUCCCUGCUCAUGUUCCUGGUGGAGAAGCUGCCCAGAGAGAGUUCAGAGGCCUCAGACCAACCAACAGGUAAAUCGGUAGUCCUCCAGAGAGCCAUCGCUGCUGCAAUCAAAGCCCAGCUGGUUGUGCCCUGGCUGCCUCCAAACUGCAGCCUGCCACUGCAUGGUGAAACACAAAGACCAGGAGCACUACACAGCUUCCAUGUCCAGCCUCUUCGUUUACCACACUGCACUAAAGGUACAGGAAAGAAGCAGCUGAAAGAGGUGAAGGACUACCAGCGAGACAUUCUUCCUCCUGUGACCGCUCAGCCUUCCCAUCAUGCCACUGUGGUGGCAUCCAUACUGGAGCAGCACACAGCUGAGCUGAGUGCUGCUCAGGUGUGGGACAACGAGUGGAACAGUCAGGGACUUUUGUCUCGCCUAACACCGCAGGAGUAUCGCUCCAGGAAACUGACCCGGCUGCGUAAACGUGUCGAGGAGCAGCUGCGUUGUGCUGCACUGCCCUUUCCUGAAAGCGCCUUUGGUGGUCCUCGCGUCACCUCUGACCUGUCUGAGUUACUGCAAGCUUUUAGAGGUUCCGCCCCCUCCGAGCACAUCCUGACCAAGGGCACCCACUUCGCCCACACACAGAAGUUCACCUUCACACAGCAGGCAGCAGCAGGAACCAGCCCUGUCCCCUCUGGCCGUCAGUCAGAGAGUGAUAUCCAGCUCCGUCAGCAGGAGGAGCAGCUUUCUCUCCAGCAGCAGUUCCAGCAGUUGUGCAGUAAUGUUGACCAGAUAACAGCAGACAUGAAGCACAUGAGUGUCACUAAUGCACAAGUGCUGGAUGAGCUGAAGCAGAGAGAGCUGGGGAACUCUGAAAAAGAGGAGAAGAUGCAAGUGAAGAAGAAAACAAUUGACCUGUUGCCAGAUGCAGACGACAACCUGCUGAAGCUUCAGGCUCUGGUGGAGGCCAGUGCCAAGCGGGUGGUGAACCUGGCCUCUCAGUGGGAGAAACACCGUGCUCCACUCAUCAAUGAGCACCGCAGACUCAAAGAGAUCUGCAGCAACCAGGAUCUGGAGUCAUCCAGAAAGCUUUCUGAAAUUAAGUCCCUGCAUGACAAAAUCCGUGUGUCUACAGAGGAGGCCAAGAAGAAGGAAGAAAUCUACAAACAACUGGUGACAGAGUUAGAAAGUCUUCCUCAGGAUGUGUCUCGGUCAGCAUACACUCAGAGGAUUCUAGAAAUCGUCAGCAACAUCAAGAAACAGAAGGAGGAAAUUACAAAGAUUUUGUCAGACACUAAGGAGCUCCAGAAAGAGAUCAACAAUCUGACGGGAAAACUGGACCGGACCUUUGCUGUGACUGAUGAACUGGUCUUCAAGGAUGCCAAAAAAGAUGAAUCCGUCCGCAAAUCCUACAAGUACCUGGCUGCCCUGCAUGAAAACUGUAAUCAGUUGAUCCAAACCAUCGAGGACACCGGUACAAUCUUGAGAGAGAUUCGAGAUCUAGAGGAGCAGAUCGAGACAGAGAACAGUAGCAAAACUGUGGCUAACCUGGAGAGGAUUCUGGAUGACUACAAAGCUAUUCGACAGGAGAACACUGCACUUGCUGCCAAAGUCAGAGAGGGCUGAAGGAAGCUCAGCUCUACCUGGUGAGGUGGAAAUUGUGAUUUAAAAACAAGGAGCCAUGUGGACCUGAACGGGACUGAAACAGCGCUCCAGUUUUCACACUGAAGAACUGAAUGAACUGCUGUUCAUUAACUCAACCCUCUGUGGCCAUUGGAGACCUGCUUUUCUUUGGAAAGUCACAUUAAAGUCACAUUAUAUUGAUGUAUGAACAGUUUUCAUAAGAUAUAUUGAUGAAAAACAAAUCUUUGACUAGGAAUUUUUAAUAUGGGAAAUGAUUCCACCAUUUUCAGACAUUAGUUGUUUUCAUGGUUAUAUUUGAACCGAAUAUGUUGAGUGAAUGGCAUUUGAAUGUAGUCCACUACAUACUGUAGUCCAGUAAACAAUGUUGUCCAGCUCCAUCAGCAAGGUAUUGUUGUAUAUGUUGUACCAGCUUAUAUAAAAAUGCCUUACAAACUUGAACAACUUGUCUUGUAAUCCUUGAGAAGAUGCUGGUCAUAAGGAGUGGACCUACUGUGAUCAACAUCAUAUACAUUCUACUGCUCCGAGCUAGUCACCAGUGUCUUCUGACAUUGAUAUUUGAUUUGAUUUAUGUUGUAACGUCAAGUGACCAGAAUUUAAUGUUAGGGCCACUAAAGCCAAUGUCAGUCAAUGCAGAAUACUGACAACGGAUGAUGUUGCUUUUUUGUUGGUUCUAAGUUGUGAUGUUAGGUAAAGAAGAAUCAAAGUCUUCUGAUUAAGCAUCUCAUGCCAACAUUAUUGUGUCAUAGAAUAACGAUAUUUAGUCUAAAAGAAUGGAAAACAAAACCCAACUAGUCCAUACCCAUUGGUAGCUUUGUCGCCUUCUACCUAUGCCAAUCCUCAAUGCCUAUGUGCAGUUUCACUUAGAUUGACCAAGUCAGUGAGGAGAAAACGUGGAACAGACACACCCACAGACAGUUUUCAUCAUUAUAUAGUAAGAUGACUGCAAAAUGUCAUAAUGUAAAGGGAUAGUGCACCCAAAAAUGAAAAUUCAGCCAUUAUCUACUAGGGCUGUACCCAAAUAUGCGGAUAUUCGAAUAUUCGUUUCUAUGGGUAGAUAUUCGUUAUGAAAAUUUGGUAUUCGAUAUUCAUUUUUCUAUUUUUUUUUUUUUUUUAAGUGCUAAAUGCAGUCUUUUUGUUGUUGGUAAAUGUAGGUUAUCAAUAAAAAUCAAAACUUUUAAAUUGCAUUGUUAAAAAUGUGAAAAUAUAGUAUAGCCUACUGAGCUUGUGUGCACAGCAUGCUUGAGUGCAUCCGUCUGAGCCUGUGGAUCAAUGCCAAGUUUUACCACUUUAUCACUAUUCCCUCUAACUUGUAGCUGUUUUUUCGUUACCUUUCGAAUUUAAUAUGAAUUAUGGAACCAUUUUUGUCAACAUUUGUUUCCCCCAUUUUGUACAAUAAAAUAUUGUUUAAAGUUUCAACAAGUUUCUUUGGGAGCGCGUGACACAAAUGUGUUUUGAAAACGACUGCGGACGACCUGCUCAACGCAUCAGUACCUUCGGAUACCAUGACAGUAAGCCAAUAAUGUCAAAAUAUCAUUAACAGACCGAUUUAACAAACGAUCACUGCUGCCCGACCCGCAGGUCCAUUUGCGGGUCCCGCGGGUUUCUCACUGCUCAGCUCAGUCUAUAAGGCUGUACACAACAGUAAGGCUAUAGACAUUAUAUUCUAUUCAGGCCGGCAGAACCAGCAGCGCAUCGGCUCUACAGUGCACAACACUGCUGAUUAACCAUUUUAUUGCAGCACAGAGUGUCUGCCAGCAACCAAUUACUUGCAGAGGCUUCCUACAACUUGUUUCAACGGUUCCGACAAAUUAAACAGCCAAUGUGAAAAUCAAAAGAAAGCAUAGAAUAAUGUACUGAAGGAGACUGUUGUGCCAUCACAUUUUUUUUGUGGUUUGAGAGCAAAGAUCCGCUGUGCAAAACUGCACAAUACAAUUAGGCCCGAAAAAAACACGGAGUCCCCCCCCCGCCGUGAACGAAUAUUCAAAUAUUUGUUAUAAAGUCUUCCGAGGGUCCGAAUGUUAAAAAAUGGUAUUUGGGACAGCCCUGACGUCAAAACCUGGAAGUUUAGCAUUGCGCUGGUUCCCAGAAGAGAAAGUGAAUGUGAUUUUUGCAUUACGUUUUGGAUUAUGUCAGAAAAUAAGCUCUGUGGCUAACACAAGUUUAUGAUACUUUUAGGUUUUGUUCAGCGAGAUAAUUUUCACAUAUGAACACCUUUCAUACCGCAUUUGAAGUUUAAAUGCGAUCGCCAGAAGUAAAAAGCUAACGUUAGGCUUUAACGGACUACUCCACAGUCGCAUGACUCUUGACGUCACCGCCACUAAGCUUUCAACUGAUUUCGGCCGCUUUAUUUUAAAAACAUUGUAUAAUGGGGAAAUCGGACUGUUUAAGUUAAAUAAGAAGCUGUAAUGGCGGACUGCCAGCACUCUCGCCUGUUCAGGGGUGAUGACGUUUACUGUCCCCGACAAGGUUUGUAGUCGUAUUGAGCAACUUGUUAGCAACCGCCUUUUUAACGACACGUAAAAAAUUCAAAAUUCACAAGUAGGGUAUUUACUGACGUGUUUUAUGUCGUAGAACAAAACCUGAAACUCGCUUAAGCUUUUGUUAACCACAGACCUUAUUUGAGGCAUUUUACCAAAAUCCCAUUCAAAAAACGUAUUGACUUUUAGACGAGAGAACUGGAAGUGGUAAAAGCGCUAACGGAGUUCCGGGUUACUGGCACACUCUAUGCCGAGGGAGGCUCUGGUGAAGUUUUAGAGUCCUCACAACACUUAGGGAGAUCUGAGGGAGAAGUGGGUAGCAGCACAACUGCACACCUAAUAGCUGACGGGGACCCAGAUUAAAACGUCCAAGAGCACAAAAUUGAAACCAUAAAAUAUCUCCAUACUGCUCGUCCGUAGUGAUCCAAGUGUCCUGAAGCCCCGACAUAAAAAGUUGUUUGGAAAAACGUCAUUUGAACUCUGUUUUUAGCCUCAUUGUAGCCUGUAGCUCUAACUGCCUCUGUGUACACUGUGCUGACAUGUGUGUGAUUAAUUAAUUAUAAAAAGAAGUUUUGUCUUUUUUUUUUCUUGGGUACUUGAGGAGACCAAACACCACAUGUUCUCAUAAUAAUGUAAAUUCUUUAGAGAUGUGGUCCAUGAUAAAUCUGCAAAAGUCCUUCCAGAAUUUCUUGGUGUGAGAACAAUGCCAGAAAAGGUGUAAAACAGUUUAAGAAUGUUCAUCACAUAAAGUGUUUGUCUUUUUUAUAUUUCUGCAUGUAGUGAUUGGCAGGGUAAUAUUUAUAAAUAAUUUUGAAGGAUACCUCUUUAACCUUGUUAACUCAGGGAGAGCCUUGACUCUGAGACUGCUCUUUGCUUGUCUUUCUGCUGAGAGUAACCUGUCUAACAGCACCAAACACCUCUGCCAUAUCAUUUCUCCUGUUUAACAGGUUAGUUUGGUGUAUAAGCACAAUGAAUUUAAUCAUUAUGAAUCCUUGUGAUCUUAAGUAAAUGUUUUGACAGUAUAAAUUAACUUUUAUGUGCUUCUAAAAGGCUGUAUAUUAGUAAAGUCAGUAGUCAAGCCCACAGUAUUUUUGGCUGUUAGUAUGUAGCCUAAAUAAAUAGUAUGCAUUGUUAUGCAAAAGAACUCCCACUGUCACUUUAGACACCUGUAGAUGGAACUGGAUGAAGCUCCCAUUAAAUAUGUUACAUGUAUUUCAUUAUACUGUUUUUUAUACUGUGGUUAGACAUGGUUAGUAUUUCACCUCUCAAGGUAUUAUCUAGUAUACCUUCAAAGUAAAACUCUCAGUUUAAAUUUGGUAAGAAGUGGAUUAUAUAUGUGUUUACAUACACUUAAAGGGUCAUUGCUAAUAAAUUGCAGUCUUAUGAAGGUUAAUAUUCGUGAUGAAAUUAUGACUAAACUGAUGAAAGUUGGAUACUGUAUGUUUUAGUUGGUAAAUGUACAGUAAAUUUACAGUUUUCUUUUGCCAGUUUAAAACAGACACUGAUGUUAAAUUGAGUUUACUAUGUGAAUAAAUUCUGCAGAGAGUGACCAAUCUAACAACAACAUCCUCCUCUGCCAUAUCAUUUUGCCUGUUUAACAGGAUGUUAAUGUCUGGCUGAUCAUCCUGCCAUCCAGGACCUGGAGCAUCUCCUCCACCUCCUUGAAUAUGUGUGUGAAAAUCAUGUGUUUUUUAUUUUUUAUUUAUGAUUAAAAUCAAAGUUAGUGGUGUAGUGAGAGGAAAUGUCAAAAAUAAAAUUUACUAUUGAUAGAUUGGCAAAUUAAUGUUUGUUCUCUCUGCUCCAUAUUGAACUCUCCAUUUUAAUGGUCAUUUGUCCCACAUUCUGUUGAUUGACUUUCUACUAAAAUCUACAAAGUAGUUCUUUAAGCCUGCUUUAGGUCAUUUUAGGUUUUAAUGUACUGUUUGAGAUUAUUUUGUUCAAAAACAAUUAUCAUAAAUGAAUAUUGUGGAUUUCGGAUCACAGCUGAAAACAAUAAACAAAAGAUUU